CUUACUACUAUUUUAGUACUACAUUUAGUAGUAUUAUUACACUCUAUUAUGUACUCUUGUUAGAAUGCAACCAACCAUAGACCGGUGAAUUUGCGUUGAAAGUGUGGUUAAAAUAAGCGUUUCUGUUUUCAAUAAUCCGUGACAACCAAUCACAAGUAAUGUCAACAAAAACAACCAAUCAAGUUGUCGAUAUGAUUCAUAACAUAUGCCGUUCCUACAUAAAACUAAAAGGGAUAAAAAAUGCAUGGCGGCCAUGAGCUCCAAUAAAUGUAGAAUUUUAGUAGUUGGUUGUGGAAUUACUGGUGCUGUGACAUCGUCACUGCUUGAACAGAAGUUGGGUGGAUGUAGUGUAAUCACAGCAUGGGAGAAGGCAAAAGGGAUAGGUGGUCGUAUGUCUACCAGCCGCAGCCCAGCAAACUCCAGCUGUAUCGCUGACGUUGGAGCACAGUACAUUAGCCCAUCCUCAAAGUACUGGAAGGACCAUAAGAGGUAUAUUGAUGAACUCUCCUCUAGUGGCAUCCUAGAACCUCUACAAGCGACUAUCGAGGGAGACAGGUCGAGUAGAGAUGAUGUAUCUCAACACUGGGUAGCAUCGCUUGGAAUUGGUUCAAUGGUGAAAUACUUCUUUAAGAAAGCAGAUGCUCAAGUCUUCACUGGCUGUGAGUUGUCAUCUCUGCAGUUAGAGGGUAAUGCUUGGCAGGCAACGACGAAGGACGGGGCUAAUGAAACAUUCAAUGCUGUUGUCCUAACUAUGCCGGUUCCACAAAUACUUGCAGUGGAAGGAAUAAGUAAAUUUGUCAGUGAAGACCAGGACAGGCAGCUCAGAGCAGUACAGUACUCCUCUCGGUAUGCCCUAGCACUGUUCUAUGAUGCCAAAGUGACGCUGGACAUCCCAUGGGCAGCGAAGUACUUUUACGAUACACCCUGCAUUCGAUUUGUCUCCGUUGAUAACGUAAAGAGGCAAGCUCAUUCAAGCAUCGCCCCAUCGAUAGUAGUGCAUACCAGCGUUCCGUUUACCAUGGAGCACGUCGACCUUUCUCUGUCCGAAGUUGAGCCACUCAUAAUGUCAUCCCUGAGCGAGCUUCUUCCUAAUCUACCUACGCCAGCGAGCACAAAGUGUCACAGGUGGAGGUACUCACAGGUUCAUCAUGGAGUGGAAGGCUCGCCCGGCUGCUUCGUCCUGUGCGAAGACCCGCCCCUGCUGGCAGGUGGCGAUGCUUUCGUGCACUCCAACCUCGACGGCUGCAUCGAGUCUGCGAGAAGCAUCAGCGACGCUCUCGCUGCCGUCAUGAAUGCGCCUGGGGCGCCAUCUUGUGGGGCUGACAACAAGUUAUGAGUUGAGCUGUGGAAAAUUUUGCUAUAUAUCCGAAAUGUUCACCUGCUUUUGCUUACGAGAUAGAAUGCCACCACCGAUAAAUAGGUAGAGGGGUCAUCAUGUUUAACUUAAUUGGCUUAGUGGCUCACCUUAUAGAUGUCACGACAAUGCCGGUGUGUAAAUUACUUAAAAUAUCAUUAUUACAAAUAAAGGUUUAUAUUUAUUUUGAAGAAUUAUA